AUGGAGAAUUUGCAGAUCAUUCCCAUCCCCAAGGACGUCCAGCCGCAGUAUGUUGAGAUGAAGGUUCCGCUUUAUUCCCAUGGUUGCGAGAGGAAGGUGAAGACGUCUUUGUCCCAUCUUAAAGGUGUUCACAUCUCUCUCUCUCUCUCUCUCUCUCUCUCUCUCUGACCAAAGCUGACAUACAGGAAUAUACUCGGUGCAAGUGCAUUGCGAUGACCAGAAGGUGACCGUGUGGGGGAUUUGCAGCAAAGAGGCUGUGCUCGCCGCCGUGAAGAAGAAGAGGAGGGGAGCCCAUUUCUGGGAUCAGGAGGAGGAUGACGCCGGGAAGGAGGGAGGAGCCCCGGCGGCGGAGGAGACGGCAGGGCAAGAGAACACCACCGACGAGCACAUAUCUCCCCCCAAGGCCAGGGGAAAAGCGUCCUCCUAUGGGCUUUCCAGAUCCGAAAGACUUGGAAGCGGCUGUUCCCCUUGCUGCCGUCGUCGAACCGCCGCUAGCGCCGUCGCAUUACACCCCGAUGCACGAGAUCAGCAUAUAAAGCCAAGUAAAUGA